AUUAAAUUAUUAUUAAAAUAUCAUUAAAUUGUUUGUUAAAAAUGUCUUAAACUACUACUAUAUAUAACCUAAUGUGUUGUCAUUAUUGUUGUUAUAAUUGAAAAUUAGUUGUUAUUUUAGUUAUAAUUAAAAAAAUCAAUUUACGACCAAAAACAGAGACCAAAUACCAACCGAUAAUAAUCGAUAUGACGGCCAUAGUGUCGGACACAUUGAUUGUCUUUAUUACACAGAUAUUCUUCUUCUACAUCGGAUGGCUAUUCUUUGUGAAGCAAUUGUUCCGCGACUAUGAGAUCCAUAACCUGUUGGUUCAAAUCCAGUUUUGUGUCACAUUUUCGCUGUCGUGUUCAAUGUUUGAACUGAUCAUCUUUGAAAUUGUCGGCAUUUUGGACACCAGUUCCCGUUAUCUGCACUGGAAGAUCGGUAUCUAUGCCAUGCUGUUCAUGUUGAUAGUGGUCCUACCAUUCAAUAUCGGCUACUCAUUCAUAUCGAACCUACCGUUCAUCAAAACCCAUCUGAAGAGACCGCUGGCAGCCAUCGUUUGGCUGGUAUUUAUGUAUCUAUUCUGGAAAGUUGGCGAUCCGUUUCCCAUACUGAGUCCCAAACACGGCAUACUGUCCAUCGAACAGGGUAUCAGUCGUGUCGGUGUUAUCGGCGUAACACUGAUGGCACUGCUAUCGGGUUUCGGUGCCGUCAUGUAUCCGUACACAUCGAUGGCCUGUUUUAUGCAAGUGGUAACCGCUUCGGAUGUUAGUUCAUCUGAACGAAAACUGUUGCAAACAUUGGACAUCAUAGCCAUGAAGAAGAAGCGAAUCAAAAUGAUUGAAAAAGAAAACCAAAGCAAAUCGUUAGCAUCGCCGUCGUCAUCGUCAUCCAUAUGGUCGCUGUUGAAGAGCGUAUCGAUUCAGGGACACGAUGUCUCCCAAUUGAAACAGGAAUGCAAAACAUUGGAAGAACUGUCCCGACAGAUGUUUCUGGAACUGAUUGAACUGAAGUCAAUGGAAGAACGAAUUGUUUGGUCGAAGACACUAAAAGGAAAAUAUUUCAAUUUUGUCGGAUAUUUCUUUAGUCUCUAUUGUAUUUGGAAACUAUUUAUUUGCACUGUUAAUAUAGUUUUCGAUAGAGUAGGCAAAGUAGAUCCGGUCACCCGUGGCCUACAGAUUGUUGUCAAUUAUAUUGGUCUGGAAGUGGACGUACCGUUUUGGUCGCAACACAUAUCGUUUAUUUUGGUCGGCAUUAUAGUCAUCACUUCCAUCAGAGGUCUUCUCAUAACACUUACAAAAUUUUUCUACGCCAUAUCAUCGUCCAAGUCAUCCAACAUAAUAGUGUUGGCAUUGGCACAGAUAAUGGGCAUGUAUUUUGUCUCAUCAGUGGUACUGAUCCGCAUGAAUAUGCCACUGGAGUACAGGACAAUCAUAACGGAAGUGUUAGGCGAUCUUCAGUUUCAAUUCUAUCAUCGAUGGUUUGACGUUAUAUUCCUAGUUAGUGCCCUAUCGUCCAUCGGGUUUCUCUAUUUGGCUCGAAAACAGGUGUCAAAUAAUCCAUUAGAUAAUUAAAUUAUU